GCAUUUAUUUCCUUUUCGCUCAGGCACACGACGGUAUCCCGUUGUCGUAUCAGUAACUUAAAUGACAAAAGUAAGUUACAUAGUGCCGUUGAAUUUACGAGCUCGCUUGGAAUAGGAAAACAGAACAUACAGAACAAAGUGCUAACUAUUGAAUCUGCUGCACAUUAAAAUUCAACAUUAUAUAUUUUUUUUAACUAUACAUUUUGAGUCAGGCACUUGUGGGCAAGCUUCACUCGAGGGAAACAUUUGGGGUCCUUUACGUUCACGUGCGCGUCGUGGAAAGCAACCAUGCCUAAGUCGAAGAGGGACAAGAAAAUUUCUUUGACUAAAACAGCUAAGAAGGGACUCGAAUCCAAACAGAAACUAAUAGAAGAGUUACGGAAAUGUGUCGACACCUACAAAUAUUUGUUCAUCUUCUCCGUGGCUAACGUGAGGAAUAAUAAACUGAAAGACAUCAGGACAGCCUGGAAACACAGCAGAUUCUUUUUUGGAAAAAACAAAGUCAUGAUAAUUGCCAUUGGGAAAGGACAAACUGAUGAAUACAGGGACAAUUUAUGUCAGGUCAGCAAGCAUCUACGAGGCGAAGUGGGAGUACUUUUCACUAAUAAAACCAAGGAGGAGGUGCAAGAGUAUUUCAACCAUCACAAAGAGAUGGAUUAUGCACGGUCAGGUAAUGUGGCUCAGAUGGACGUAAAUCUGGAUGAGGGUCCGUUGGAGCACUUCACACACUCAAUGGAGCCUCAGCUGAGGCAACUGGGCCUCCCCACUGCGCUCAAGAAGGGUGUGGUGACACUACUGAAGGACCACACAGUCUGCAAGCAUGGUGAUAUCCUUACCCCUGAACAGGCGCGUAUUCUGAAAUUGCUGGGUAUUGAGAUGGCAGAGUUCCGAGUGAUGAUCAAAUGCAUGUGGAGCUCUGAAACAGGCGCGUUUGAGAUCUUUGAGGGCCAGGAAGAGCCCAAGCAGGACAUCGAGGACAACAAAAGCGAAGAAGACGAGGAGGAUGGAGAUUGAAAGGAGAUUGUGCAGGGGUUUUUUCUUCCUAUUUUUUUUUUUUUUUUUAAAUAUAUCAGGAUUUCGGAAUCAUCUGGACCAUAGUGUUGUUUUCAUCCACAAAACAUGUACACACAUACUUCAACUUAACUUUUUAGGUCUGGACUAAAAUAUUCUCAAAAUAAGAUUUUUUGUUUUUGAGUUCGUAUUUCAAAUGCCAAUUACACUUUUUUUUUUAAUUAAAAAUCAUAAAAAUAAGUGUCUUGGAGACUCUGGGAUACCAGCAGUGAUAUUGCUGUACAGUAUUUAUGAGUGUUGAAGAACUUUACUUUUAAAACAAGCUGCGCCUAGUACUGAUCGUUUUUAUUGUAGACGCAUUUUUAUGGAUAACAAAAAACAUAAUUUUGUUCUUAUAAAUUGUUACGUAUCGACAUGGCAUAGUUCUGAGAGAAGAGCGCGUUUGAGAUCUUAGAAGGCGAAGAGGAAGUAAAGUGAAAGAUGUACAGGUUUUUUUUGUUCAUCUUGUUUUUAUUUGUAUACUUCACAUCAGGAUUUUGAAAUAAUCUGGACAUGUUUUAUUGCCAUCCCAAAACAUGUACUGCAUCUUCUACCUUGACCUUUUAGCUCAGGACUGAAAUACGGCUCAAAGAAGUACUGGUUUGCACAGAGAAAUGCGUCACAUUAACUGCACUAUCUUUCAUUACAAAUCAGAUGAAAUAUGAAAAUAAAAUGUCAUCCGUUUUAGAAAACUAAACUGUGUGCUGUACAAUUCCUUUUACAAUUUGCUUAAACUGAAAGGGGGAAGGGAGGAGAACGUGUGAAAAGUCAAAUUACGUUUGAUCUGAAAAUAAGUAAGAACCAUAAUAAAGACCAUUUCACAUUUAUCAAAAAAAAAGUCUGCGAUAUUGGGCUUUAGGGUGGUAUUUCUUGUCUUUAUAAGUGAGUUUAAUUGAACCAUUUCUAAAUCUUAAGUAUUCCAGUCCUGCUGAUUACACUUAGGACACCUACUACAAAAGGUCAACUUAAGUUCACCUGAAAAGCUUGCAGUGCAUUUUCUGUCCAUUUUGUAAA